CUCCACUCUGCAGCGGGAGGCGGCCUCGCGUGGGGAGCGGGGCGCUGGUGCCGGUAGGGGGCGCCGGAGCGCCGCACUGCAGCAUCCCGGCGGCCUCCCGGGCUGAGCUCGCGUCCUGCCGCAGUCCCUCGGCCGCUAGUCGGAGCGAGCGGCAGCGAGGAGUCCCCGGCCGCUCCGCCAGCACUUGCCGCCGCUCCCACCCACGAUCUCAGCCCAGCGGCUGGGAAACGCCCCCCGCAGACUGCGCUGCGCAACGUGGGAGGGUUAGCGGUCCCGGGGAACCGCUUCCGAACUUGCCAGGGGACCGCGGCUCUCCCGGGCCUGGAGAGUGUGAACAGGAUUGCAGAUUUACCAUGAUAUGGUGAAUCCCAGGGCUGGAAACACAAAGAUCCUCUCAGCUCUUUCGUUCGAACCACAGUGAAUUGUCUCCCAGCACCCAGCAUGGCUAAAAGUGCAGAGGUCAAACUGGCAAUAUUCGGGAGAGCAGGUGUGGGCAAGUCAGCUCUUGUAGUGAGAUUUUUGACCAAACGGUUCAUCUGGGAAUAUGAUCCCACCCUCGAAUCAACCUACCGACACCAAGCAACCAUUGAUGAUGAAGUUGUCACCAUGGAGAUACUAGAUACUGCUGGGCAGGUCUCCCGACUGCUGUUUUUUCCCUGCCAACAGGAAGACACCAUUCAGAGGGAAGGACACAUGCGAUGGGGGGAAGGCUUUGUGCUGGUCUAUGACAUUACUGACCGAGGAAGUUUUGAGGAAGUGCUGCCACUUAAGAACAUCCUGGAUGAGAUCAAAAAGCCCAAGAACGUGACUCUCAUCUUGGUUGGAAACAAAGCUGACUUGGACCACUCCAGACAGGUCAGUACAGAAGAAGGGGAGAAGCUGGCCACAGAACUGGCAUGUGCUUUUUAUGAGUGUUCUGCCUGCACUGGAGAAGGGAACAUCACCGAGAUAUUCUACGAGCUGUGUCGAGAGGUGCGUCGCCGGAGGAUGGUCCAGGGCAAGACGAGGCGACGCAGCUCCACCACGCACGUCAAGCAAGCCAUUAAUAAGAUGCUCACCAAAAUCAGCAGUUAGGCAGCUCCGUCCUUGGGAAGACCCUGCUCAGGUCGGUUUGGGUAAUUGGAAACAUUUUCUUGCCCUUUUUCUUUCUCCAAAGAAAAGAAGAUACUACAUUCCUUGUUCUGACUCUGGGAAAAGUUUGGGCUUCCCACUGGUCCCAGCCUUCCGUAUGUUGGGAAGUUGCAGAGUGUUUUAAUGCAAUUUCAGUGCUGACAAUCUCUCUUUUGCCUGCUUGAAUAAAACAUGCUCUAUUGCAGUUUGAACAUGUAAUCACCAAAUUCUAAAAUGGCUGGGUUCGUAUUAAGCUAUUUUUAGGCAUCUUCACCUUGCUUCCAUAGGUUGAAAUCUUUUCAGAAGCAUUUUAAAUUGUAUUCCUUGUCAAAACCUACAAAUGAUCAUCCUAACAAUCUAAGAAAACAGAAAGUACAGGGCUUCCUAGGUGGCGCUAGUGGUAAAGAAUCUGCCUGCCAAUGCAGGAGACAUGUUGGUUCGAUCCCUGGAUCAGGAAGAUCCCCUAGAGAAGGGCAUGGCAACCCUCCAAUAUUCUUGCCUGAGAGAAUCCCAUGGACAGAGGAGCUGGGUGGACUACAGUCCAUAGGGUCACAAAGAGUCAGACACGAUUGAAGAGACUUAGCAUGCAUGCACACAAUAGAAAACCCAAUGAAAACAGUAAGAGUAGCUGAGACAUUGUACUGAAGAAUAGAGUCUGUUUCUAUUUGAAGUGAGGCUUUUCUGAAUGAUCUUAAACCAUCUAGUUUUUCUUUAACCUCUGUUCUGUUGUUAAAUUCAAACAUGCGCUCACAAAGUUUUCCAUUGUCUUGGAGAGUUUCAUUUCAAUUUGAGUUGACUGUCUCCUUGAUCUAUUUAUUGAUCAUUGCAUCCUAAUUAUUCUUCUGUGAUUCCAACAAGACUUAACUAUAACAGAGACAGCAGGACCCCUCAUUUCAAAUCUGCCAGGCCAUUUCUCAUCAAGCCCAGGGUGAAAUAAAGACAAAAGGAAUUUUUUUUCACCAAACCCUGACUUUAUUGAAUGCUAAUAGAGGAUUUAGAAUUGGAAGUUUAUUCAUUUACAUUUCUCUAUCAUCUUAGCAGAAAGACAACAUUCAGAUAAACAGGGGAAUUAAAAAUGAAGCUUAACUACUCUUCUGUUGGGGAGCCCAGGUUCUGUGACAGGCACAGUAAGAAGAAUUAGCUUCUGAUUCAUUUAAACUGGCUACAUGGCUUCUAAUAUAUUGGAUAAAUUAAUUCAUUUAGAAUUCAGAAAAGAAUGAAUGGUUAGAGUUCACUAUACCUGAAUAAAUGUGUAUAAAUCAGAUUCUUAUAUUGUGAAACAGUCUAUAACUGAUAAAGCGUUAUGAUUCUUUUUUCCCCUAUUAUGCCCCCAUAUAUUAAGAUUUGGGCACUUUAUUUUAGAAGAAAAUAUAUAUCUUUUACAUAUGUGUGUAUUUAUAAAUGCAUAGAUAUAUGUAUAAAACUUUGUAAGAGUUGGAGGCUUUAAUUCACCAAUGCAUUUGGACAACUCGGUGUAAUUGACUAUUUUAUGUGAAUAUAAUAAAAAGCAUAAUUUUCA